AAAAAAAAAUUGUAAGAAACAAUAAAAACAGUUGAGACUGGAGAUCAAUGGCAGGUGAGGUGACACAGUGAGCUAGUUAAUGACGUGUACGUUCCAGAUUCACCCAGACCGUCAGAUUAUACACAAAAGACUACGACGUUCCCGCCUUGGCGGACGAACGAGCGGGAGAGAAGAAGAAGAAGAAGAGGAGACAUCAUGGAGGUUACUCUGAGCGGGAACGCCCUCAAGACCUUCGCUCGCUCCAUCACGUGCCUCUCACGUGUCGGCAACGAGCUUGCCCUCCAAGCUUCCCCUUCUCAGCUUGCUUUGCAUACUCUUAAUUCGUCACGUUCUGCCUAUCAGUCUAUUACAUUUAAGCCUGGUUUCUUUGAUGUCUAUACAAUUACUGGCAACCAAGUCGAAUGCAGUGUGCUUUUGAAGGCAAUUUGUUCUGUACUGCGGACACCCUUAUCGAAUAUAGAUCACUUGAGCAUUGAAUUGCCUGAUCCUGAUGCAUCAAAAGUUCAGUGGACCCUGGAGUGCUAUAAUGGUAUGAGAAAAGCGUACUGGAUUACUUGCAAUGUCGAACCAAGCAUACAACAUUUGACACUUGAUAGGAGAAGAUUCCCAAGUAAAUUAGUAGUGAGGCCUCGGGAUCUCAACAGAUUGCUUGCUAAUUUUCAAUCAUCCCUUCAAGAGAUAACCAUCAUUGCAACAGAACCCACUUCCUUCCCUUCUGAUGCAGCAAGUGAAAUUGGAGGGAAAGCAGUUGAACUUAGAAGUUAUAUAGACCCGACCAAAGAUAAUGAUUCAUUGUUACAUACUCAACUGUGGAUAGAUCCAGUAGAAGAGUUUGUUCAAUAUACCCACAGUGGUGAUCCUGUUGAUGUGACGUUAGGAGUGAAGGAAUUGAAGGCAUUUCUUACUUUCUGCGAGGGCUGUGAAGUUGACAUCCAGUUAUAUUUUGAAAAAGCUGGCGAGCCUGUUCUUAUGGCUCCAAAGUUCGGGCUAGAUGAUGGUUCCACUUCAAACUUUGAUGCGACGCUUGUACUUGCUACCAUGUUAGUAUCACAACUUCAUGAAAGCAAUCCCUCAGAACCUCCACAAGCGGCUGCUGGAAUGCAUGUGCAGGUUGCUGAUAGCACAGGGUCACAAGGGCAAGGCAGGUCUAGAGUAAAUGUGUCUGAGCAUCCAUCUGAUCACACUAGAAUUUGGUCUGAUCUUUCAGGAAGUGCUGCAAAAAGUGGUAAUGGUGCUGAUGGAAGAAAUGCUCAAGGAGAAACAAUUUCUAAUGCUAAUGAACAGAGGGAAAUUCCAAGGAUUAGCACAAUGUAUAUCUCAAAGGCUGCACCAAAUAGAGAAAAUGAAUCUGUGGAUCCUAAUAUCGGCCACCCUGUGGAGAAAAAUCAUUUAGAAGAAUCUCAAGAUAGAUCACAAAUUAAUGGCCAUGGCUUCUCACAACGCCAUCCUGGUAACUGGGUAGAUGCUGAUGAGGAGGAUGAUAAUGAUGGAGAAGACCCCGAACUUUGUGUUCAGUCAACACCACCAUACUAUGAAGAACAAUAGCGGUGUUGGUUUGCUAUUGUUUUGAUAUUUCUCUCGUCCCCCAUGAAUCUGGUUUUUGCAUGAUCUGGUUUUCCUAAUCAAUGACAGGUAACCUUUUUAUCUAGUUGAGUAAGAUAUAUUGCUCUCUUUUUUUUUUUUUUUUUUUUUCCUUAAUGUGUGGGCAAGAAACGUGUAUACAGAAAUGGUGAGAAGUAAAUAGGGCAUGAGUGCCAUCAUAGAUGACUGUACACACAUGCUGUAGUUUGAGGUAGAUGACGAAAUGUAACUAGUUUUCUACUUUGUUUGGGUCAUGUUUUCAGAUUCUUGCAUGGGAUUGUGAUAAAUCAUUCAAUUUUGAUGAUUCUGAAAUCUGGAAAUAUCUGCAUGGGACCCCACAAAACACUUUGCCUCAGUCAAUCGGUUGAGGAUUUUGUGCUUACUCGUUUGUUUAGCACGAUCCUUGAACAUAGCUUACACUCCAGGAUGUAAUGGUAGUUAAUCUGAUUUAAGAUACUAAUGGUAGCUAAUCUCUCUUUUUAUAUAUAUAUAUAUAAAAUAAAAUAAAAUUGGGUGGUUUUGGGAUAGAUUGGAUGGGUUCAAACAAAGUGGUUACCUAUUUAUUUAUAUUUGUAUUAUUUAUGUUGAAA